AUGGCCUCCCAGCCGCAGCCCCUGCGCCCCGCCUUGCCCUGCGCCUCUGCCACAGGCACUGGUGGGGCUGGGCUGGUGGCCGGCAGCCCUGAGAAAGGCAAUGCUCGCCCCAAGCCGCCUGUCCGGCCCAAACCCCAGGUGCUGCCAAAGCCGGCCGUGCCCGCCAAGCCCUCCCUGCCAUAUCCCCCUCCAGGGCCACGGCACCCUCGCCCAGAGCUGCCCUCCGCUGAGAAGAUGAACCGCCUGGCAGGGCCCCAGCCCUACAGCGGGGGCAGCUCAGGGGGGCCCCUCAGACGCCCCUCCUUCACUCUCAAGUCACCCGAGACCCCCAACGGGAAGGUGCUCCCGUCCCCUCUGCUUGCAGCCACUGAGGACCCGGGUUCGACCCCUGGGGAGGAGGUGCCCCCUGCCCCGCUGACCCCCUCUCGCAAAGGCCUGGCUCCCUUCAAGGUGACGCCAGUGCCAGUGGCAACCAAACCAGAGCGAUUUCCAGGCACCACCGUGGAGGAGAUUCUGGCCAAAAUAGACAGCAGGGAGGGCCCAGGGAGCCCGGACCGAGCCCGGCUCUCACCCUUUUGCCCUGAUUCCUCCUCUCGCUUUGGCUCCAAGACCUUCACUGCCUUCCGGAGGCGCCCCAGCGGGGAGGCGGACGGAGCCCUCCCCGGCGAAGCCCGCCAGACACCCCAACCCGCGGUGGGCGAGCUGGGGACGGGGGAUGACGGACACCCGAUUGCCGAGAUGAGCGGCUCCCCCCCAGCCGGCCCGAGCUGUGCCGGGGACCCCCGUGGACGCCGGAGGCCACCUUCCCCCCCUGAUCUCUCCUCUCUCCGGCCAGGCGCCCUUGGACCCCCUGGCUCGCCAAGGCCUCCCGUCUGCCCGGCCCCAGGAGCUCCUUUCCAGCCCGCAGAGCCCUCCGCUUCGGCCCCUGGCUCUCCCGAUGCCUCCCUGGAGCUACCAGCCCCUGGCUCCCCCACCCUGGCCCCUGGCUCCCCCGAAUCCCCCGCCCAGCCUCCAGCCGAGGUCUUGGCCACCUCGAUCCAGGCUCCGGGCGCUCCCUCCUCCGCAGCCGAACCCCGGCUUGGCAUCUCCUGCUCCCCUGGCUCCCCCCACACUCCUGGCGAGGGAUCCCCCGAUACUGCCAGCCCCCCCAGCACUCCUGAACUGCCCCCCAGAGUCACCUGCCCCCCCGGCUCUCCUGAGGCUGCCGCUGAGUACCCGGGCCCCCCCAGCCCACUCCCCGAGGCCCCUGCUAAAGCCUCCCGUGCCCCAGGCUCCCCGGAGGGACCAGAUGACUCCCCAGUGUCCCCACAGUCCCCCAAGGGUCCUAAUUUCAGCCCCCCUCCCCCUUCCAGGGACUCAGGGCUCCGGCGCUCUUCGGAGGGUGUGUUGCAGCCCCCGACCACAGGGCAGGGCAUGGGGGAGCUGGGGGGUUCGCUGAGCGCCCUGCCCCGUCCCGGGGACCCGCUGUCAGAGCCAUCCCUGGGCAGCGAGUCCAGCUGGAGCCUUUCCCAGUCCUUCGAGUGGACGUUCCCCUCGCGGGGGGCACGGCGGUUAGCAUCCCCGCCCCGUUCCCCCAUCCGGGAGACGGUUGACUCAGGGGUCUCCGAAGAGGGCGAAUCGGACAGGGAAGAUCCGGACCCCUGUCCCCCACGCUCUGGGGGGGACAGCGGAUCCGAAGAGCUGGGCCCUGUGGUGGCCGGCAGCCGGGGAGCAGAGGGGGCUCCUUGUCCAGGGGGUCCCGUGGCCCAGCGAGAGGCUGAGGGCUCAGCAGAGGAGGAGGAGGAGGAAGGGGAGGCAGAGCGGGGUGCCACCAUGCCCUGCUCCCCUCUCUGCGUGACAAAGCCCGCGCGGGACCCAGCUGAGCUUGAGCCUCCCACCCAGCCCGGCCUCCUCAUCGAGGCCACCCCACCGGAUCCGGCCACUGCAGCCAACUCGGCCUGGGCGCCAGUGAGCGACUCCCCUGUAAGCCUGCAGGGCCCUGGCGGGCCAGGCCGGGCCGAAGGAUCCUCGAGGGGCCCCGAUCCCCACACCGACCCGGGCUGGCUGACCGAGCUGCUGGCGUCGCCCGGGGCCCACGCCGCGGGCCGUGGCUCUCUGGGCGCAGAGGGGCCAGAGGACCUGCUCGGCUGGUCACGGAAGGACCUAUGCAGUGAAUUUGGCAUUGGCAGACCUCACCAGGCUGGCACCUUUGACUGGACCCGUGAGGCUGUGGCCAGGGAGAGCGACUGGCCUGGUGAGAUGGAGCGGGACCGGGAAUUUGGGACCAAAUUGAGCUGGGACAGCACCUGCAGUGUCAGGGAUGGGGACCAGCAGGACGGGCCCUUCGGCACCACCAGGAGGGACUGGGGCAGCGAUUACAAAGGGACGGAGUUGAUGGGGGAAAUGAGACUCGGCUGCAGCGACUGGUCCAAAUCCCACGGCACAGGGGAAGGCUGCCUGCAGGAUCAAGACUUUGGUGCCGGCAAAGCCAAGUGGGGCACGGGCUAUGGCUUGGACAGUGCGGGCAGCAGGGAGGAGAUCAGCUCUGGGAAGACUGACUGGAGCAGCAGCUACGGCCUGGGACACGGCCAGCAGCAGGACGAGGAGCCGAGCUCCAGGCAGUCCAGCUGGGCUGGCAGGUACGGCUCCGGGGAUGUGGACAGCCAGGAUAGGGAGAUCACACCCGCGUGGGCUGGUGAAUAUGGCACCAGUGAUGUGGAGAUGAAGGACAGGGAGCUUACUCCAAACUGGGCCAGUAAAUACAGCAGCAGGGAUGCUGAGACCAAGGACAAGGACUUUACGCUGGGCUGGGCUGGCAGAUCCAGCACUGGGGAUGCUGGGACCCCUCACAAGGAGUUCAGUCCCAGCAGGCCAGCCUGGGACAGCAAAUACAGCACCAGGGACAUGGAGAGCCAGGACCGGGAGUUCAGCCCCAGCAGGCUAGCUGAGGCCGGUGAGUACACCACGAGGGACAUGGAGAGCCAGGACCGGGAGUUCAGCCCCAGCAGGCUAGCUGAGGCCGGUGAGUACACCACGAGGGACAUGGAGAGCCAGGACCGGGAGUUCAGCCCCAGCAGACCGGCCUGGGAUAGUGAGUACCGCAGCAGGGACAUGGAGAGCCAGGACCGGGAGUUCAGCCCCAGCAGACUGGCCUGGGAAGACGAGCACAGCACCAGGGACAUGGAGAGUCAGGACCAGGAGUUCAGCUCCAGCAGACCGGCCUGGGAGGACAGAUACAGCACCAGGGAUAUGGAGACCCAGGACCGGGAGUUCAGCCCCAGCAGACCAGCCUGGGUCAGCGAGUACAGCUCUACAAACACCGAAAAGGAAGAAAGAGAGUUUAGUCCUGGCCGGCUGAGCUGGGCUGGUGAGCACAGCAUUAGCCAAACCGAGCUGGUUGAUGCUUUUGGUGUCAGGAAAGAUGACUUGCCUGGCUCCUGUGCCUCUGAUCCCCUGGCCCAGGAGCCCGGCUGGGGCAGCACCAACCGGCAGGAGCACAGUACCACUGACAGUAGGGACUGGGCUGAAGAGCUUGGAGGAGCCAAGUGCCAGAACCAAUUUGGUAUCAUUGGGACAGACCGGGUGCCAGAUCCCUCCAGCGCCGGAGUGUCACCAGAUGGCUCGAUGUCCUGGGCUGGUGGAAUGAGAUCUGGGGGCCUGCGGGAGCCUGUGGGAGACUGGCCUAGGGAUCUCUCCUUUGGCAGCUCGGAUGCCACCAGCUGCCUGGGCACUGGUGAUGCUGGCAGGGUUGGACUGGGCCAGAUGGCCUGGGGUCAGAGCCUGGGCAGCCUGCCUGCCCCAGGCAGCUCUGCCCAGCCCCAGGAGGCCGGGGUGGAAGAGCCAGGCUGGAGUCAGCACCUCGACACAGCCAGCUGGAGCGUGGAGCUGCGCGAUGCCGAGGCCAAGCGCUGGGAGUGGGCUAACGCGUUCGGUGCCCGCUGUGCAGCCCGGAGCCGGGACUUCGGUGCUGAGGAGCAGAGCCCGGGAGGUGACGCUGGCUCAGUGGAUGGAAGCAUCCGUCUCUCAGACCCCAGCCCACCGAUGGGUGACGCUCUGGCUGACUCCGCAGCUGUGGAGUGCCCCCAGAGCGAGCCCUCCAGCCCCACCGAGGAGGAGAGGGACCUCUCCGCACUGGCCGCUGCCCCACAGAGCCCCAGGGCCUCCCCUCUGUCACCAGAGGGUGCCGGCGGGACCCUGCUGGACACGGAGAGCGAAGAAGCUCCCUUGGACCACCUGGAUGGGAAGACACCACCAAGCUGGGAGGAGAAGCGGCUCUCCCUGGGUGCCCCUCAGCCCGAGGGACCCACGGACCACGCUGGGCAGGAAUUCACCUUCCUGGAGGACACGGAGAUCCUGGACAGCAGUGUGUACCGCAGCAAAGCCAACCUGGGCCGCAAGCGCAGGCACCGGGCGCCGGCCCUCCGCCCCGGGGCCACCUCGGAUGGGGAGAGCUGGAUCUUCCGGGACUCCACAGAGCCCCGUCCAGCCUGCCCCGCAGCAUCCUCCGAUGAGGAGGCGGCGGAACAACCCAAGAGCCGGCGGGUGCGAGCAUCCCCAUCGGGCAAGGGGGUCAAGGUGCCACUCUUCCCUGGCCUCAACACGUCUGCCCUCAAGGCCAAGCUGAGGGGCCGAAACCGCUCGGCCGAGGAGGGGGCACUGCCGGGGGACAGCAAGGCAACCCCCCCCAAGGAACCCCACGUGCAGCGCUCCAAGUCCUGUAAGAUCCCUGGCUUGAGUGGGAAACCCCUGGUGCUGCCCCCCAAGCCAGAGAAGUCCUCAGGGUCCGACGCCUCCCCCCCGCACUGGCUGCAAGCGCUGAAGCUGAAAAAGAAGAAGCCUUGA